UAAGGGGACCAUAAGCGUUAGACAGAGAGAGAGAGAGAGUUUUGUAAUCCCUCAAACACACAUAAAGAAGAUUAUGUUGCCCGCAAGGAGAAACAAGAGAGUUUUCUACUCCGCCGGUGCCGGAGACGGCGUCUUUACUCCGGCAAAGAAACGACGAAGAUGUCUUUCUGCUAUCUCUUCUCCUGCGUCGUCGGUAUCUAAACCCGGACCUGAUUUGUUAGAUACAAUCCCAGACGAUCUUGUUAUUUCCAUCCUUCGUAGACUUGCUUCUACAUCUCGAUGUCCUGCUGAUUUCAUCAACGUUGUGAUGACAUGUAAGAGACUAAACAGUUUAGCCACGAGUUCUCUUGUUCUCUCGAGAUUGUCUCGUAAAGCGAUUGCCGUUAAGGCUCAGAAUUGGUCGGAAUCAGCUCACCGGUUUCUCAAACGCUGCGUCGACGCCGGAAGCCUCGAAGCUUGCUACACUCUCGGAAUGAUUCGUUUUUACUGUCUGCAAAACAGAGGAAACGGCGCGUCGCUUAUGGCUAAAGCCGCGAUUAGCUCCUACGCGCCAGCGUUAUACUCUCUAGCCGUGAUUCAGUUCAACGGAAGCGGCGGUUCCAAAAACGACAAAGAUCUCCGAGCCGGUGUUGCUUUAUGCGCGCGUGCUGCUUUCUUGGGACACGUCGACGCGCUACGUGAGCUCGGUCACUGUCUCCAAGACGGUUACGGCGUUCCGCAGAACGUCACCGAAGGUCGGAGAUUCCUCGUUCAAGCCAACGCUCGUGAACUCGCCGCCGUUUUAUCUUCCGGCACCGACGCACGGUCGUGGCUCGCUCUAUCGCAGCCGCAAGUCCGUGGCUGUCCGUUGCUGAGUGAUUUCGGAUGUAAUGUCCCGGCGCCGGAGAUACAUCCGGCGAACCGGUUUUUAGCGGAUUGGUUCGCCGUGCGCGGCGGAGAAGCUCCCGGAGAUGGGUUGAGGUUGUGUUCUCACGGCGGAUGUGGACGGCCGGAGACGAGGAAACAUGAGUUCCGGAGAUGUUCUGUCUGUGGCGUUGUGAAUUACUGUUCACGUGCUUGUCAGGCGCUUGAUUGGAAGCUCCGGCAUAAGAUGGAUUGUGCUCCGGUGGAACAAGAUGGAGGCGGUGGUGACGGAGAGGUUAACGAGGGAAACGUUAACGGUGAUGAAAACGUAUUGGUGCCCAUGAGUUAA